CCCUCUGUGCUCUCUUCCCUGCAAUUACAGCUUGUUACAUCUAGACCCAUUCUAAAUAAACCAAGCAGGUUCCCAAGGGACCCUUGCAGACAAGUCAGCUGAGGGGAGGCAUCUGAGGCGAGGUGCAGGCUGCUAGUGGGGUGCAGCCCCAUUGCCAGGGGCUGGCCCUGCCAGCGUACAUUUGCUGGGAAGAGGUGGAGGAAGUGCUGAGCUCUGCAGACUUGGAAGCAAGGGAGGGCCAAAGCUGCUGGAGAGGAGCCGAGCUACCCCAUGGGGAACACGCUGAGCUGUUGCUUGUGCACCAACGCCAGCCCCAAGCGGGGCCAGCACAGGAGGUCUGGGGAGCUGUCCUGCAGCGCUGACAUCUAUGAGGCAGCGUCAAGCAAAGGUGCAGGCCAAGGCAGAGAGGAGUGGAGCCGCCACAGAUGGAAGACGCUGCUCCCUAAUGCCAGCCCCAAGCAAAGACAGCGCAGGGUGCGGCGGGCGGAAUCACUCUGCAGCUAUAACAUCACGGAGGUGGAGGUGGCAGUGGCACCACACCCCACUGCUGUGGAGCCUGCCCCAUCGGAUUUCGGAGCCCAAGAGGGCCAUGACCUGCAGCACAUCAGCGACCAGGAGAUGCCCAAAUAUUUUGCCUCUGACCAUCCAAGGGAAAGCACACGCUUCCUGAGAAAAUAUCAAAUGAGUGUGCAAGAAGAGAGGAGGAGCUCUCACCUAUAUUAUAUACCUCCAUGGCUUCUUGCUAGAAACUACAGCUCACGUUCGACCAUAUUGCUAGAUAACAGCACAGUCAGCCAGCCUGAUCUUAGACACACACUAGAAAAUGUGACUUUGGCAAUAUAUUACAGCAUAAAGCACAGAUCUGCAAAUAGAUCUCUGCCUAUUUUGGAAGAGCCAAUACAUCCACUUUCAGAAGAGAAGGCUCCAGGGAAAUCCUUCGAGCAUGAUCCCAAAUGCAACUGUAUUUUCAGAUAUUUCCGUACUCUUUUUCAACUCAUGAGACUAACAGCUCCAUGUGCAAUCGUAGCUUUGGCUGUCACGGCCGUGUGAAUACAAAGACUUGCAUCGAGAUGCCGCUGCAAUGAAAAGGGCUGUCAGCAUGAACUUCAUUGGUAUUCGGUGCUCUAAUGCCAUCUUAUCUUAAAGAGAGAAAUUAGCCUUAAAAGACCCUGAGCUUCUCAACUGUAAAGAGUAGAAAAUAUCACUUCUGCUGAAAGAAACAACAAAA